AAACAAUCAUUCUAAAUACUUAUAUUCAACGUCAUUGCAUACAAGCUGCUCCUCCGUCUUUCCCUCGCUAAUCUGAACAUGACCACCACAAUUCUAAUAACGGGCGCGAACCGUGGCCUCGGCCGCGCUGCAGUCGAGAAAUACCUUCCUCGCGACAACGUGACCGUCGUUGCCGCGGUUCGAGAUCCUUCUCUUGAAACCUCCAAAAGCCUCGCUACCAUUUCCAAGGGCUCCGGCAGCAAGCUCAUUGUCAUCCAGCUCGACAGCGCCGAGUUCAACCCUUCCAAGCUCAAAGAUUCACUCUCCAACAAUGGCAUUCAAAGCCUGGAUACCGUCCUCGCAAGCGCUGCAAUAGCCCAGGCAGGAGGUCCCAUCGCUCAAGUUCAGCUCGGCGAACUCCAGCGCCACGUUGAAACCAACGCCUACGGAGUCCUUGCCCUCUUCCAAGCCACAGUCGAGUUGCUAGAGAAGUCGACCAACCCCAAGUUUGUGGCCUUUGGAAGCCCUCUCGGCAGCAUCGGUGGUAUGGAGCGCCGCUCUGUGUAUCCUAUGACGGUCUACGGUGGAUCCAAGGCUUUGGUCCACUACUUUGUCCGCCGCAUUCACUUCGAGCACCCCAAUAUCACCGCCUUUGUCAUCGACCCUGGCUUUGUCCAGACUGACAUGGGCAACAAUGGCGCCAAAGCGGCUGGAAUGGAGAAGGCCUUUGACGAAGUGGAGCCGACCAUCGUGGAGACCGUAAAACUGAUCGACCAGUCCACCAAAGACGUACACUCUGGUCGCUUCAUCCCGACAGGCAAGUCAUCAAUCGUUGAGCUGGAGGGCAAGGACUUUCCCUGGUAAACCAGGUUGAAUUACUCAUGCUGCGGUGACACUGUUUGGAUUUUGUCGAAGCGAGGAAAGUGGGAAGGAGGUAGAUGGCGAUCGUGAAAGGGCGUUGGAAUUGGACCAAGCCGCGCUUCAGUGAUUAUAUAAACGAACAGACAGAAAAGCGUAAUUGAACGAG